CCGAGCCGACGAGCACAGGGAGGAGGGGAAGAGAAAAGCGCUAGGGGAAACGGGAAGGCGUGCGGCCGUGCUUUGGGGAGAAUUCAGUGGAAGACGGAAGAGAGAAUGAAAGCUUGCUCUGCUGCUGCGGAUUCGAGUUUGUGCCCUCUCCGGGAGCCUCCACUUCCGCUCUCUCUCUCUCUCUCUCGCUUCUCGUUCAUCGACCUACCUACCUGCGUGUAUCGCUGCUCCGGCUCCAAAAUUGACUCGCUGACAUCUCUCUCACAUGUGUGCGCACGUGUAUUCGCUCUUCUUAGUACGUUAAUGUUUCGCGCGUCCGUUGAUUUUGAGUUGUUGAGGGAAUGCUGUAGUGUGUCGGCGUGAGUAAAACGGGAAGAGAGACUGCGGAGACCUGUUGCUUCCAUUGACGCGGACGACAGAUCGGAAGAAAAAGGGCAUUUCGUACCCUGUUUCUGGAGUGUAAGGAGGCGGCUUUCGUGAUCCUUACCGCGUUGGCGUUGUUUUAUUAUCCUGUUCGUGCGCCUAGCUGUCGCAGCUGACGUCUGGAACCUUUUUUUUUUUUUUUUUUUUUUAAUGAUGCCGACGUUGAGAGCAUGGAUGGAAGUCACCCUCAUUAGUACUUCGUUUGUCAUUCCUUGCCUUGUGUCCGCUUGCGGUCAUUUCAUUCCCUUCUAUCACUUUAUGAAUUCCGCCACCCGUUUCCUCUCUCUCUCUCUCUUUCUCUUUUAUUUGGCGAUGACUUGUCCGUCAUCUGAUAUCGAUCUUCCGUCGGUUCCUUUUCGCCUGGUGUUAACCGAUGAAUGUAUGGGAAAAAAACGACAUUGCCUCGGCUUCUUCGGUCCGAGCAUGGGUGCUUUUUUUUUGUUUUUUUUUUCCUUCUCGACCGUUUUUUCCCUAUUGUCCUCCUUCGCUUGAUGCGUUCCUUGCGUGAUUUGAUCUCUGCUUGUUUUUCCUUCCUCUUGUUUCCGCUUUUCGCGCCGAGAAUCUGUGUUUAUUUAAAAGAUGGAUGGAUAAGACACCACCUUCUCUCUAACCUACAGCCACGUCUCGGCGGCGUCCGUUUCCGAGGCGAAAGUCUUCCAAAAGGCAUCUACAGCUUAACAUCCACUACGGAUCACAAACACUUUACCGUUUGUCAUCUCAACGCUUGUUUUUUCCUUCUUUUGUUUCCCCUUUUCGCGCGGAGAAUCUGUGUUUUUUAAAAGCUGGAUAGAUAGAUUAACACCUACUUCUCUUAAAAAAUCUUCUACAGCCGCGUCUUGGAGGCGUCGAUUUCCGAGGCGAAAGUUCUCUAACAGGAGGCAUCUACGGCUCAAAUCCACUGCGUGCGGAUCACAAACACUCUGCCGUGCCGUCUAUCAUCUCAACGGCAAAGACUGCACCGUUUGUCAUCUCAACGGUUACCUAAACGGGAAGACGGAAUUUGAAUGGACUUUGUCCUAGUGUGGCUACUUGCAUGAUGUCGAUUUAGGGUGUGGUGACAUGCUGUAUCCGUGACGGUCGUUUGUCAAUCCAAUCUCGGUCGGCUUGAAGCACUUGCGGUGAAAUAAUGCAUAUGUCGAAUUCUUGAAUUGCUGUUCGUUGAGCAUGCUCGUGUACGGAAUGCUUAGUGUACAUGAACGGCUCCUGUGAAUGACCGGAGGGUCAAGUCUCACAGAGGAGAGAGAAAGACAAUCGGUCGGGCAUUCUCCCACGUGUAAUGGCAUCGCUACAUUGACGGUAAACGGCGGCGCCGAGUUUGACAAAGGAGAGAGGGUUGGUCUUCUAGCGGGACUAUGUGUGGAGCGAGGAGUCCUUUUGCUUGCUCAGAUCGGCUUCGGCUUUGCUGAGAGGAUUGAAUAAAAGAAGGCGAGAGACGGAGAGAGGGAACGAACGGAGGGCGCAGGUCACCGAAGUGGGACGAGAGAAUAAAGAAGACAGCGAAAAGGAGUGGAAAGUCAUAAGAUUGAAUUUCCGAGUAUUAUGUAUGAGGGGCGGCGCACAACCGGCGAGUUCGGCGUGGAGGAAGCGGGGGAGAGAGAGGACGGACGACAACGGCGAGAAUGACAUCUCAUGAAUCGAUGACAAGUCUUAGAUUGAAGAAAGAGAGUGAAGACGAAAAAUGAAAGUGAAGAGUGAGUUCCGACCCCUCCCAAGGGAAAAUCCACCACCAUCUCUUUGCUGCUUUCUGGGAACUCCUCGCGGAAGGAAGCGGCAGAUGCAUAUGAUUAUGCCGCAAUAAGGAAGUCCGGAAAUAAGUCGGGGGCGGUAAGAUAACCUGACUUGCGGAGAGAGAGGGAGAGAGAGAGAGAGAGGGAGUCUCUUCAGAAGUGAACGGUGGGUGCGUGGCCGGUCCAUUUCCAAGGGAGAGAAGGUGUGAUUGGCAAAUUUUAGACUGACUGAGUUUCUAGAUUCGUUCUCGUUCUCGUUCUCGUUCUCGUUCUAAGGACUGCCACGGGGAAGCAGCGUUCUUCUCGUCUUCCUUGCACAGCUUCUCUUCGUCUUCAACGUGUGCUGCGUGCUGCCCGCUCUUCCCGCCGCAGGCUCGUUUUUGGUUCUUAUUUUGCUUUGCCCUCGAUGUCAGUCGUUUGCGCGUGCGAGCUGUUUUCCACUGUUUUAGUUUGAUAGGGUCACUCGAUUUGGACUUUGUUGAAGAAGAAGAAGAUGGAUGCCAAUGCGCGCACGGGUUUGACGAGAGGUGCGUUUGUCUCAUGAACUUGUCUGAUAGCCUUGUAAUUGAGAAAAUCUUCAGCCAAUCAUUUGACUGCAGCGACGGCGGUCGUAUACUGCACAAGUUUCGUUGGGGAACUCGUUUUGAAGUCUGCUGGAAAACCAGAAAUGAAUGCGUAUCUUCUCUCUGCUAGCCUUGUUGCUAAAAUCUUCAGCCAAUCAUUUGAUUGAAGUGCCGGCGGUCGCUUAUACCUGACAAGUCAAUCUAGUUGGAAGCUAUAGUCUGGAAGUCUGGAAAACCGAAAUGCGUAUCAUGAGCAGGAUCCACGGGCUCCCCCCCCUCUCUCCUCCCCUCCCCCCUCCCGCGCCCUCUCACGAUUGAGGGAGGAAGGGCUAGGACUUGUAUGGGUGCGGAACAAUUUACGCACAACACAGCCGGCGAGAAGAAGAUGGCGGAGAAGACGUGACGACGGUGACGUGGGGAGUGCCCUUCGUCCUACUGGUGGUAGAAAUCUGACAGCGUACGACAAGUACACGACAGGGAAAUCCGGCGUCUGGAGUGGGAGAUUUGUGAGACGUGCUCUCUCACAGUGAAAAAGUGUAUAAAGUAGAAAAAGCGGUCUUUUUUUAGAAUGUCAAUCGAAGGAAGCGAAUUUAGGCUAGGCCCUUUAGAGGUAGGCUGUUAGGUUGGAUGUGGCUUUUGUGUGCUGCUUGUUGUGUGUGUGUGAAUGUUGUUGUUGUGUUCGAUAGGUGGGGGUGAGAGUGUUUGUUGUCGCGUGUGCUUUAACUGUGUGCUGUUGUGCCUGUAAUUUGAGGCCCGCCGUGCGUCCGGAUUCAAUGAAUUGUUUCAGCGGGGUUGCGCUCAGAGCGUCAGAUGCUUGCGUACGUACAUACAGUAAAAGGCGUCGAAAUCGUUCCUCCCAGGUGAGACAGCUACACGCGAGAAGAAAAAAAAAAGCACAGACGCGAUCUAUUUGACUUUUGAUACCUCGUCCUUGCUAUGUUCUCCCUAUUUUCUUCUUCCCUCUCCCCGUUCUCUGUGUGAUGCAAGAGAAGGCGCACAAUGGAACCAACAUGACACGCGUAUGAGGUAGGUGGGAGCGUUUGCAUCUCUCCUUCUGUCCUCUUCUUACUUUUGCGCUUUUCAAUGUCGAAU